AUGCGAUGCGUCGAGUGUGGAUUCGAUGGGAUCGUUGGGUCGAACCAUGCUGGGCGACAGGUAGAUGGCGCGGUUGCGAGUCUCGAUGCGCUGGAGAAGAUUGUGGAUGCCGUUGGCAACAGAACCUACAUCGUGUACGACUCGGGCGUGCGCUUCGCCUCUGACGUGUUCAAGGCGCUCGCGCUCGGUGCACAGUUCGUCUUCGUCGGUCGUCUGUGGAUCUGGGGCCUGAGCAUCAUGGGUGAGACGGGCGUGGACCACGUGAUACGCGCGCUGCUUGCUGAUCUAGAUAUCCUCAUGAACGUCGCCGGCUUCACGUCGUUUGACGAGAUCAAGAAGGCGGGCAGGGCGGCGCUGGAGAGCGGGGACAAGAACUACCCGCUGUUGCCGUUUCCGAGCAAGCUGUGA